CAGAUCUCUGACACCACCUACCCGGCCACGCCCCAGUGAAUCUUGGCAGGCUUGUUGUGGCUUUAACCAAUAGAAUAGAGUAGAAGUGACACUGUGGCUUCCCAGGUGAUGUCAUCAAAGGCUCUACUGUUUCUGCCUAGAUCACAGUAAAUCCUCCCUCUUGGAACUCUAGGCUGCCAGGUAAAAUGCCCAACCACCCCAAAGCCACCAUGAUGGGAAGAAGCCCAAGUCACAUGGAGAGAGGUCACAGGCAGGCUCUCCAGGCCAUCACAUCCCAACUCUCCUGUACCUAGAAGCCACACAUGAGGCCCCGGACAUUUGGAGCGCUCCCUACUCUUCCCUCUUUGAGAAUCUGACCCACAGAGCCUGUGAGCAGAAUAAAUGGAGCCUGCCACAUGUCACUCAGAGCGAGAAGCUUCCUGUCCCAUGGCCCCAGCUGGAGGAUUCCUCACCUUGACCGGGCCUCCAGAUUGACCCAUCACCACCGGCACCACUGGCGCCGGGAGGCCAGCGAGAACUGCCAGGGAGCCUUCGACCUCUACUUCAUCCUGGACAAAUCAGGUAGUGUGAAGCGCAACUGGAUAGAAAUUUACAAGUUUACAGAGAGCAUCGUAAAGAAGCUUGAAAACCCGAACGUGCGCAUGUCCUUCAUCACCUACUCCGACGAAGGUGAGACUGUGAUGCCGCUCACCUCAGACAGAACAAAAAUAAUUCAAGGUCUUGAGAGACUUAAACAAGUCAGGACUUACGGAGCAACCUUCAUGCAGGAAGGAUUUAAAAAGGCUAACGAGCAGAUGAGAAGAGCCAAUUCUGCAGGUAAAAAGAUUCCCAUAAUGAUGAUUGCUUUGACGGAUGGGACACUGUAUCCAGAUCAAUUUAGGGACACUCAAGUGGAAGCUAACAGGGCUCGGAGCAUGGGGGCGACCAUUUACACUGUGGGUGUGAUGGAUUAUAAGAAAGAUCAGAUAGUGGCAAUUGCGGACAGUCCGAAUCACAUGUAUGCAGUGGACAAUGGAUUCAAAGCCCUGCAUGGUAUCGUCGACUCACUCGCUUCAGAUACCUGUAUUGAAGUGACCUCUGUGGAGUCGUCCACGGUGUGUGCAGGAGACCCCAGUCAGGUGGUCAUUAAUGGACGUGGCUUUCAUAACGCAAAGUGGAAGAGCCAAGUCAUCUGCAGAUUCAAGUUCAGUGACAACCAGUUCAUUGACAAGAAACCAACCAGUAAAGACAACACAUCCAUAACCUGCCCUGGACCCAAGUUAGAGGCACCUGGAAUGAAGGCCUUGAUUGAAGUCAGCCUGGACAAUGGCAUCAGCUUUCUCCCCAGCAACGUCAGCAUCACCAGCAUCGACUGCGACAAUCCACCAGAGCCUGAGAAACCACGAGAGCCUGAAAUCCCACCUGAGGCUAGUACCCCCCAAAGCCUGAGGGUCCCCCAGACUCAGAACCCCCAGAGGCUGGGGCCCACCACAGUUGAAAUCCCCCAGGGCGGUGACAGCCCCAAAGGUGCCGACGCCCCCGGGAACCGGGAGGUGCCCAUUCCCGGGAAUGGCCAGAUCCUGCCACCAGGGCAGGCAGGAGAGCCCAGGGACAGGAGGCUUGGGGCAUUUUCCCUGAGGGACAUUCCCUGCGGGGUGUUCCUCACUUGUCCUGGGCUCACCUGCACCCUCUGCUGA